CUGAGGAAAGAGGGAGUCUCUCUCUUUCUUUCUCAGACAGUCUUGCUCGCUGAUUGUCUUCUUUCCCUCCUGUCCGCUCGGGCUCUCUUGCUGCCGGCGGCUGGCUGGAGGAGUUUAGCUGUGUUUCAGCUGCCGUCUGGAUUGGAACAUGGACUCAGGCUGAACAGCUUUACAGAGCGAGACAUGAGAAGAGUCACUGGAGAUUCACUGUAAGCAGCUUGAUCUGUUGUCUACAAGGAGUGGCACCCACUCUGUCUUUCUGAAGACAUUUGUGGCAUGAAACCAGAUCUCACACAUCUUUCAUUCAUCACCUUCUCCCUCAUCUCCCUCCACCACCCUCCAGUUAGGAACUCUCGUUCAGCUCCACCGCAUUGAUGAGGUAACGUCAAGCUCCACGCAGCGCAGCACCCACCUGCACAAACACCACCCCUCCCUCCUUCCCACUGUCAACCCUUCCAUUGCAGCCAUGGGCCAGAAGAUUUCUGGCGGCAUUAAAUCGGUAGAUAGUCGCGGGGAAAGUGGUGGCUCCCCGUCACACCGGCCCUCGGCUCAACGUCGGCAGCAUCCGGAGCUGAGGGGCCCUGAUUUUUCCAAACCUCCUAGGCUUGAUCUCCUACUGGACAUGCCAUGCGCUGGACUAGAGACUCAGCUCCGUCACGCAUGGAACCCUGAUGACCGCUCACUCAACAUCUUCAUCAAAGAGGACGAUAAGUUGACAUUUCACCGCCACCCGGUUGCUCAGAGCACAGACUGUAUUCGGGGGCGGGUUGGAUACACCAGGGGUCUCCAUGUGUGGAAGAUCCACUGGCCUGCCCGGCAACGAGGCACCCAUGCUGUAGUUGGGGUGGCAACCUCAGAAGCUCCUUUACAUUCUGUUGGGUACACGGCGUUGGUGGGGUCAGACUGUGAGUCCUGGGGCUGGGAUCUGGGACGUAACCGGCUCUACCAUGACAGUAAGAACCGGGCCCACAGCUCGCUGCCAUCCUACCCUUCUUUCCUGGAGCCGGAGGAGUCAUUCACCCUGCCAGACUCUCUGCUAGUGAUUCUGGACAUGGACGAAGGAACCCUGAGCUUCAUGGUGGAUGGACAGUAUCUAGGAGUGGCAUUUAGAGGGAUGAAAGGCAAGAAGUUGUAUCCCGUUGUCAGUGCUGUGUGGGGACAUUGUGAGAUAUCCAUGAAGUACAUCAAUGGCUUGGAUCCUGAGCCUCUUCCUCUGAUGGACCUUUGUCGGCGUGCGGCCCGCCUGGCGUUGGGUCGGGAGCGGCUUCAGGAGAUCGAGGGCCUCCCUCUGCCCCAGUCCCUCAAAAAUUACCUCCAAUACCAGUGACUGACACCAGCAGAGCCAACUGGGAGUACAAGGACACAAACCAGACCACCAGAAAGUCUAAGGAUGGAUGAAAGAAAUUAAUUAAAAGAUGCAAAGAGGGGAUAAUGGAUGGAAGAAUGUCCACACUGAGAGCACCAAAGCUCAACAACAAAUGGACUCAUGCAAGGAUGGACAGGUGGAUGAACUGACAGUGGAGGUCCAGGCUUUCACAUAAAGGACAGAACAGCACCAGCUUCUUUUAGAUUUCGAGCUGCUCUUUCAUUUGUUUUGAACUUGAAAUAAAUUAUUGAUGAUGGCAUCCCAUCAGUGUCUCUCUCUCUCAUCCAGAAAGAAAGCCCAUCCUCUGAUGGCAAGGUGUGGUUAAGUGGUGAAAGAGAUAGUGGUAAGACGACCACCGCCAUCUAGUGAUGAGACUAAAAACCGCGCAGAGAAAGCACACUAAACCUAUCCCUGGAGGCCUUUCUGACAUCCUGUCAGUAAACCAUAUCAUUGAAUUCGAUACUGUAGUGUGUAUUCAUGGUCUCCACUGGCACAGGUGACAGGCUGCAGAGCGUAGACAUCCGAGAGGAUUUUAGCACUAAUGUCAUUUUUAUGCGAUGACUUGGGGCCUGACCAAAAGCUCACGCUGCAUACAGAGAAGAUUGAAACAUGGCUGCGGGGUGUAUGCAAAGUUUAGUACGAGAGACUUAACUUACCUCCUGGCUUUAUGCAGACAUUUGGUGAUAGUUAAGCCCUUUUCAGACAUGGAAUAAGUGACAUCCAUCAGUUAAAGUACCUGGCAGCACCUGGCGUGCCAGACGGAGCAUUGGAAUUGAAAAGUAAUGAAGGAAGAAAAGUGUAUCAGUGAUGGAUUUUAAAAUUCAGUUUGCCGUUAAAGUCUUAAUGAUUGUCACCGUGAUUAACCCUCUCAUCAAUGAUUGAUUUGUUAAUUUUCUAACACAUUAUUUCAAUCUGUGGCCUGUUUUAUACUGAAACGUCCACAAGUGCUGGAUGACAGGAUGUUACAUUUGGAUGCUCAUUUGCUUAUGUGCUGUAUGUAAAGCAUUUUUAUAACCUUAAAACCUUAGGGAGGGUCAAAUUGAUUGUUCAUGUACAUGGUUUUUUUUUAACCUCUUUUGCCCAAUGCAGCAAAGGGAAAUAAAAUAAUUUUUCUAGUCUCUAGAAUAAUCUCAACAAAACCUGGAAAAAACAUGGCUUGAGUUCAUAAAAUAUUUCACUGUAACUUUCAUAACUUAACAAGCACCAAUCAAAGUUGAAAAAAAAAUAUUUAGGUAUGAUUGAGUAAGAGAUUGACAUUCAGAAACUCAACUUAUCCACUUUAUCAAGAUUGUGU